AUGACCAAUAGCUUGGAAAACUCAGCGGAGAAUAUUCUCAAAAAUCUCCAAGAAAUUGAAGGUCGAGAAAUAAUGGAGUUUCACGGUAAUGCAUGGAGCGCGCUGGGCGGCGCCGUGGUCGGUGCUGGAUCGGUGCUGGUCGUUGCUGCUUUCAUACUGCUGUGGAGGAAGCCGCGGAAGAGGGAGCCACCGCUGCUGGCACCGAUGGAUGUCGGGCAAAACGAAAUGCUGAUCUCCAAAGAGCAAUGCCGUGUCCAGCCGCUCAGCUCCGAGACGCGGGCAGCUAGCUCGCUCCCACACGCCCGUCUCGCUCGCACACCCUCCAUUUCAUCGCAAAGCAGUUUGGACAGCGCCACCUCUAGGGCUACGAGCCACCGUGGAUCUUCCCCAGCCAUCCGCACAUUCGCCCCCGACGGCCGCACGCUCGAGGCCGGCGGCCCGGGGCCUCGCUCGCCGUCGCCGCUGCGCGCGGCCUCGCUGGACGUCCGCGCGGCCCCCAUGGCGGGGUCUCUGGCCUCGCUCGCAGACUCGCCGACGCCGUCGAGCCCAAGGCAUCUGCCGCCGAGGUGCUUGUCUCCGUUGCUGAUGCCUCCGAGACGGAUAGACCGCAGCAAUUCCCUGGUGGAAAGCAGCAGCGGCGCCCCCCUCUCGCCCGGCGCCCCGAGCGCCCUCGGAGCCCUACAGCCCGCGUUGUACACCAAACGGGAAGCCCCCUUGCUUAUAGAGCUGGAGGGCGCUGGCCCGUCGCUCGGACGGCUGCAUCUGAGGCUCAAAUACGACUUCGACCGGUCGGAUUUGGAGGUGCAUCUUAUUGAGGCCCACGACUUAGCCGGCUACGAAGCGGGGGGUUUCAACGACCCCUACGUGCGUGUGACCCUGCUCCCCUCCGUGGACACCCGCACGCGACAGACCCCCGUGCACCGGAACGAGCCGAACCCCUUCUUCGACCAGCACUUCAAGUUCCCCGUGUCACACGAUGAGCUGCGGGACAAGACGCUGCUGUUGCAGGUCUUCGAUUAUGACAGAUUCUCGCGGAACGAAGUAAUGGGUUCAGCCAAAGUCUCCCUAUCCCGAGUAGAAGUGGCUGGAGGCACAGAAGUAUGGGCAGAGCUGUCCCGGGAACGCAGACCGCCAGAGGAGCUGCAAGAACUGCUGCUGUCCCUUUCUUACCUACCGUCUGCUGAGAGACUGACCGUUGUCGUGUUGAAGGCUAGGAAUCUGUUGCCGCCUCAAGAAGGAAAGGAUGCGUUAGAUGUGUACGUGAAAGUGUACCUCCUGGUGAACGGCAAGCGAGUGAAGAAGAAGAAGACGAACAGGAAAGAGAUAAACAAUCCAGUAUGGAACGAGGCCCUGUCUUUCAGCCUGGCGUCCGGACAUUUAAACGAGGCUUCCAUUGAGGUGUGCGUGGUGACGGGUGGCGGCAGCGGCCUGGUUGUCGGCUGGUGCUGCGUGGGCGCCGCCGAGCCCGCCGCCGAAGGCCGUCACUGGGCGCAAAUGGCCCAGGAGACGCGCAAAGCCGUCGCCAUGUGGCAUACGCUCAGAUAGACGGGCAACGGGUUGAAGAGGACGAGACAGCCGUAGCCAAGAUGACAAUCGUUUAUCUUUUAUCCAUAGUCUAAUAAAACAUGGUCUUCUCUUCCCAGAGUGACACAAGCCUACGUCACAAUAACAUAGCCGCUAUAUAUAGCGCUAUCGCAUAUUAUCAUAUAGCGCUGUCGCAUGAUGACGUAGGCUUGUGUCAGUCAGGUGACCUAGAAAAGACGGGAAGUGAGUACCAGGCGGAGUAUAUUAUUAUACCAUGUCUUUUAUCCACAAACACCAAGAACUAUAGAAGUCUAGAGCUCAAGAUGACCCCACGUGUAUUGUGCCGCAAGCGUCUUAACUGUACAAUCGACGUCAAAGAUAUGUUUACGCUUUUGCACCUUACUCCUUUGUAAUAAGGCGAAAAAUGUAAACAUAAUAAAUAUCUUUGACGUCGACUGUACAGCGCAUGUUGACAGCGUAAAUCUUAGAGGAUAUAACCAAUGGAGACGCCAUGUCUAAAAUUUUCGGUACAAAAUAGUCUGCCGUUUUUUGCGGGGGAGGGGCACAUCAAUGUAUAGGUACGUCAUGUCAGAUAAACGUCAAUCCAUACAUAUGGUUGACAUGUGGUUGACCAUUGGCCGCCUAUUUUCGACAGAGGGGAACGCCUGUUAAUGGCGGCUCCAGAGGCGUAAAUAUAGUAAUGCCGCGCAAGAGAUUUAACAUAAGUAUUUUUUUGCGUGAAAUUGUGUCUUGGGUACGUAAUAUUCAAAGCUUCGACGCCCAUCGACAAGUAAAAAUUGGACGACAGAUUCACACGAUAAUAGGGGG